UUUAUUUUUUAUUUUUUCCUGGGCUGGAAAUACUCGGGCUGGAACCUGGGUCCUCUGCUUUUCUGGUCGGGGUCCUAGUGCGGUGGGCUAACUGAAAUCUUACAAGAGUGAGAGUUAGAUGGGGCAUUUAAGCGAGGAGUAGGUCUCUCCGGCCCGGGGACCGAGCGCUCCGAUUGGUUUCUCCUAUAGUUGCCGGCUGUUUGAUUGGUUCCGACGAGCUGGAAAAACGAGAGAGAAAAUAGAGUGAGAGAGAAAGUCGACAAGAUGUCCGACGUGUCAGCAGCCGGUAAAAUAUCGACCGCCGAAGACAGCAGAGAUGACCCAUUGCAUUCCCCUCCUCCUUCUCCCCAGCCCUGUGGAAAAUCGAAAAAUAUCGCUCGACAUACGGCAUCUCUCGCCUUCGACCGUCCUUACGGAAAAGCUUCGUACUGCAGCGAGCGUGUCGCCCGCUCUUUCCUUCUUGCUGAAAAAAGAAAAAUCGUCUAGUGCGGAAUUAUCAGAUAUCUAGGUAUACAAACGAAAUACGAAGCGUUCAUGAUCGGACAUGAUUGUCCCGCCGGUCGAGUCAUGCAACGCGAUGUCGUCAUCGGAGACGAUACGCUAUCGGAGAUUGAAAGAGCUAUGGCGCCGCAGAGUCUAGGAAGGAAAGAAGGAAGGAGAGAAAAGGAAAAAAUUGAACGUUUUCAGGCCUCCUCGACCAUGCUUAAUAAUUCCCCGUCGGGGAUGUGGUUAAAUGAAAUUUGUGGUGAUACAGGUGGUGUAUCCUUCAGAAUAAUUGUUAUAUCGGAAGAGGAGGAUGACGGUGGAGAAUCAUCCCGAAUGUAUUCCGGCAAAUUUUUGACGCGAGAGAUGUCCAGGAUAUUCCAAGCAGGUACAGUAGAUGAUGUUUGCCGAUAACUGAAAUUUCCUAGCGAAGAUUGAAGGAAA